UUUGCAGGAUGACGUGGGAACCACAGGGACUAAAGGGCUUUUCCAAGGGUCACCGUGGAGGCAGGGCCACCCUCGCCCGGCCUCACCCGGCACCGGCACCGGCAAGAUGGUGUCUCUGACCGACUUCCAGCGGAUUGGAGUGGGGCUGGUUGGCUUCGGCCUCUUCUUCCUCCUUUUUGGGAUGCUCCUGUACUUUGACUCCGUGCUCCUGGCCUUUGGGAACAUCCUCUUCCUCUCUGGCUUGGUCUUCAUCAUCGGCUUCAGGAGGACCUUCACCUUCUUCUUCCAGCGGCCCAAGCUGAAGGGCACCAGCUUCUUUUUCGGGGGGCUGAUCGUUGUCCUCAUGCGGUGGCCGAUCCUGGGGAUGCUGCUGGAGGCCUACGGCUUCAUCACCCUCUUCAGGAGCUUUUUCCCGGUGGCUUUCGGGUUCCUGGGCUCGCUGGCAAACAUCCCCCUGCUGAGCCAGCUCCUGCAGAAGGUGGGAGACAGCGGCUCCAUGGUGUGACCUGACCUGGGACGGGCCGAGUGGCUGAGGUGGGAUGGUGGCAGUGAGCCCUGGGUCCUGCUGGCCCUGGGGUUGUCUCUCUUGGCCCCGGGACCCUCAGUGCUGUGACCCCACAAUGGGGAUGGGGCCCCCCUGUCCCGUGGAGCUCCCGGGAGCAGCUCCAGGGACCCAGGGCUGUGCCAGGCAGGACUCUGGAACUAUUGCACUUAUUUAAUUCUUUUUGUCUUCCCCUGGUGAGAGAUUUAAUAAAAAAUGUG